CUCUCUUUACUCUUUACUUUUUACUUUUUACUUUUUACUCUUUAUUCUUUAUUCUUUACUCUCUUUACUCUUUACUUUUUAUUUUUUUUACUAUUCUAUUAAUGACAUCAAAUCAUCGAUUUUCUAAUCAUAAUGAAAAGAACAUUAGUGACGAUGACAAUAGCAGCAUAGAUCUAGUCGAUUCAGACGAUAGCACAAGUCAAUAUACCCCAAGACAAAGACCUGUACGUAGAAAAGUGUCAAUGGCAACUCGUAGACAUUCUCGAAUGCUAUAUUUAGAAAAAUAUGGUCUUAAUCAGCCUAAUUGGCAUUCAUCAACUGACGAUUAUGAUCAGCAUACAAAAUCAGAAAAUGAAGAAGAACAAGUAGAUAUAAUAAUGACAGACGAACCAGAAUCAAUCACACCAGCCACUUUUGCCCCAAACACACAGACCAUUGUUGAUAUACCUGUGAAACGUCCUGUCUCUAUUCGAAAUUUCGUUCAACAUUCUGAUUCUCAAAAACGCCCCGCUCAAUUCAUUAAACCUUCCAAGUCGGAAAAGAUAAUCGAUCUUCCGCCUACUGAAUUCACCCAUGUACAUAAACUAAUUAAAUCAUAUACUCAAAAAGUCUAUAUGGAGGGCUAUUUACAUAAGCGAAACGAUCUUAAUUCAAAAGGCUCUACUUGCUCUCAAAAGAAAUGGUAUCUUUGGUAUGUAGAGUUAUGUGGCCCAGUAUUGACACUUUGGGAUGCAACAGAACCAGAAAGUGGUAAAGAAGUAUAUCCUCAAUACAUUAAUAUUACUGAUUCAACUGUCACUGUCGAAAAAUGCUUGACAGCAGAGACACGAGAUAAUCUAUUUUCAUUGAAUUCGGCUGGUGCAAAUCGUUUCCUUUUACAAGCAAAUGAUACCGAAUCCCUUUAUCGUUGGAUUUCUGCUAUUCGUCUUUCUUGUUUUGAAUGUUCCCGUAUUCAAGAGAUCUACACAAGAGCUUUUAUCACGCGUUCUCAUUUUAGCUCUCUUUUGAUUUCUAAUAAGGAAAAUUCAUUUGUUGAGGGCUUUGUUCAAGUUAGACUUCCGGGUGCUACCGGUUGGAAAAAAUACUGGGCUGUAGCUUCCAACUAUAAAAUUGAAAAGCGUUUAUUUACUAAAAAAGUGGUGCCUACGGAUGGUCAGAUCAUGUUCUUUGAAUCAAGAAAGGCUAAAUACCCUAUUAUGGCGUUUGAAAAUGUCGUACAAGCCUAUACUGUAUAUCCUGAAUCACCCAAGUUGAUCAACUUGGCUACUCUAUUUAAAGUAGAAGGUUCUUUAUAUAAGAAUAAAAUGAAUGGAUCCAGCCAACAAUUAAUAAGUACUUCUUCAAGUGCUUUAAUAAUGACUUCUACUACAAAUGAACUUGUACAAUGGCUGGUGGGUCUCUAUGAUGUCUUCAAGUUAUAUGGUAGACCAGGAAAUUUACUUGACAAUCCAAAGGAUCCGAAGGCAUUAAAUUUUGGUGAUUUGUUUCCACGUGAGAAUGACGUAGAAAAUACUCAACGAUUAUUUCUUGAGCCUCAGGAAGUUUCUUUAGUAGAUGUAGGUUAUCAGAGCAGUUUGCUAGCCAAUAAAAAGGAGUUUGUUGCUAUUUUACAACAAAAAUUAGUUAAUAAAAAUAAUAAGAAUGUAUCACAGCAACAGCAGCAGCAGCAGCAGCAGCAUCAACAGACAUUAUCUAAUAGCAGUAGCAGUAGCAAUCCUAAUGACCAUAGUGGUCCUCUUCCUUCUUCUACAUAUGUUACAAAUGGACGUCGUCUUUCAGCUCGAACUUUAAUUCCAAACCAAUUAAGACACAAUAACGUUAGCAACACAACACAGCCUACGCAAUUAAGAACAGUCACCUGUGCAAGUGAUGUAAGUGAUGAAGAAGAUGAAGACUCGCUUAUAGCCAGUGAUAAUAGUGAUAAUGAGUCCUUAUACAAACUAUCAACUGGAGGUUUUAAACUACCAACAACAAAACCACUUUCAACUAAAAGUAUUGACAAAGUAUCAAUUACGAAGCCUAUUACGCCCAACACGUCUAAAUCCAGUUCUGAAAUAUCUACUGAGGUAUCCCCUACUACUGCAACUAAUGAAGAUUUAUUUUUACCUACUGUAAUGGAUAUAAUGUCAGACCAAGAACAUAACUUUGCGGAUAGUCUUUUAGCAGAGACAAGCAAUUACCAUUCAAAUAAACCAGGAUAUUCAAUGAAUAAAAAGGGAGGAGUGUCUAGUGAAGAAGGUUUGAGUAUAACUUCGUCUGAAUCAUCAACCAAUUAUAAAAAUAAUAAAGUAACUGUACCGAAAUCUUCUUCAGCUUACUAUUAUCAUAGUCAGCAGCCCAGAGGUAGUUUCCAAGGUCAUUCAACGAUGCAGCCAUGGACUACGUAUUCAUCGGCAGGAUCGGUGAUUGAACGUAGAAAUAAUUGGGAAACAUCUUCAGUUGAUCCUUAUAUGAUGAUGGGCGAAGGAGAUACGAGGUCUUUCUUUAGUAGUCAUGAAGCAAUUCACUUACAACAAUAUCAACAGCCUAGUUACUAUUCUAGUAGUCUUCCAGGUGACGAUACAUUACCAGCAGCAUCAAUAGCACUAGCUUCCGAAAAUAGUUUUAUUACUCGAAAUAGUUUAAUGGAUCAAGUAGAUUAUAAACGUAAGGUAGCCAAGAAGAUGGAACGAAAUGCACGUGCUUCAGGACAGCCUAUGGUUCAUGUCCCUGUUAAAAAAUCACCACCCCGAGCAGGUCUUAUGGGAAUUAUUGAAGAGAAAGGACGUGAAAAGCGAACAAAUAAUAUGCCACGUGCUCAUGGUUUAGUAAAAGAUGAACAACCAGCCAUGCAUGAUCACUGGAUGAUGGAUCAAAGACAAAUUAUGGCGCAACAGUGUUAUCCUAUGAAUGGAGGAAUGAUGCCAAUGAUGAUGCCUGUAAUGGAGCCACCCAUGAUGCCAAUGAUGGAUCCACGCAUGAUGUCUCAAAAUCUUCCUCAGAACAUGAUGGGAUAUAAUCCACAUAUAAUGUCAUCGCCACCAAUGGCACCUAUGAUGCAACAUUAUGGUCCAAUGUCCAUGUCUUCACCAACAAUCAAUGUUAUUCCUCCAACGAGUAAUAGUAGAAGCCGUCAUUCUCAGCAACCUUCAACAAAUGAUAAGCAUACUCAUACUAGACGGAACAGAGCCAUAUCCUCGGAAGCUUCUAUAUCUAAUAGUAUUCAUAGUAACAUAACCAAUUCCAAACAGACAUCUAUUAGUUCAAAAAGGAACAGAAAUUAUUAUUAAUGUGUAUUUUAUUAUUAUUAUGUAAAUAAAGAAAUUAUAGUGACAAAAAAAAA